AUGGCUCCCCUGCUCCUGUUCUGGGGGCUCCUCGCGGCCUCCGGGGGGGUCCCCGCUUUUGGGGGGGUCCCGAUUUUCGGGGGGGUCCCCAAAGGGGGCGUGGCCUGUCCCGGGGGCUGCGACUGCGACCGAACCAACGCGCGGUGCCGGGGGGGGGCCGGGGGCGUCCCCCGGGGGCUCCCCCCGCGCCUGGCCACGCUCUCCCUGCUCCGCUGGGACAUCGAGGCGCUGCCCCAGGGGAGCUUCCGGCACCUCCCGGCGCUGACCCUGCUCCUGGUGGCCUCGGGGCGCCUGGGGAGCGUCGGGGACGGAGCCUUCGAGGGGCUGGGGGCGCUGGAGUACCUGUUCAUCGAGGACUCCCAGCUCGGGUCCCUCCCCCCAGCCGCUCUCAGGGGGCUCCGGGGGCUCCAGUUCCUGAGUUUGGCCGACAACCGCCUGGAGUCGCUGCCCCGCGGCCUCUUCCAGGACCUGCCCAGCCUCGGCCACCUGUGCGUGACAGCGGGGACA